GAGAAGCUUCUGCUAGUUUUGUCAAUUGUCAACAGUAACACAUUUUAUAGGUUUUGCUUGUACCUUUGCAUGCCACCAUUUUUUAUAUCCGUUCUCCUAGUGCUUUCCUCUUUUUCCGAAGAUUUACCAUAACAGCGCGGGAUAGUUUAACGAAAUAAAAGGAAUUUCAAUAACAAAUUUAGUUUCAGACACGAAGUGACCGAUAAGUUCUUUUAGAAGCAAAAUUUAGGAUAAACUAAAGCAGUGAGUUUCGAGACACGGAACCUGCACAACUUUUACCAAAAGAAAACAUUGCAACUCACUAUGUCCAAUACAGCUGAUAAAGCACUGAGCUUACUUCGCUAUCUACCAAGAGUAUGUCUCGCAAAUAUUCGAAACAAUCCAGGGGCCCACAAGAAACCCAGAAGGGGCCGGGCACAACAUGGAGGAGACAAACAUGGCGAUGGUAACAAAGGUUCAGGACAGAGACAAAACUUCAUGAGAUUGGGUUAUGAGACUGGAAACAAUCCUUUCCACCUACGGUUCCCACGAGAGCCCUAUUACAAAGGCCACCAUCUUAAAAGGCAAUACCCACCUUUGUCUAUGUUAGUCCUACAAAAGCUGCUUGAUACCAACAGAUUAGAUGCCUCUAAGCCUAUUGAUCUGGUGGCUAUAUUAAACACAGGCUUAUAUAAGUUAGCUCCAGAUCAACAUCAAUUUGGUGUUCAACUAACAGAUGAAGGUGCAGACAUAUUUUGUGCAAAGAUAAACUUGGAAGUGCAAUGGGCGACUGAUCUUGUAAUUGCUGCUAUUGAAAAAGCUGGUGGUGUUAUAACAACAGCUUAUUAUGAUAUGCCUAGUCUACAAUCCAUGUUAAACGCUCAAAAAUUUUUUGAAAGAGGUGUUCCAAUACCUCGUAGAAUGAUGCCACCACCAGAUGCUAUAAUGUACUAUACAGAUCCAGCAAAAAGAGGCUAUUUAGCAGAUCCUGCAGAAGUAUCUAAGGAAAGAUUAGUUCUAGCACAAAAAUAUGGCUAUACUCUUCCCAAGAUUGAGGAGGAUCCAGAUUAUCAGAUGCUUACUGAGAGAAAGGAUCCAAGACAAAUAUUUUAUGGUUUGCAUCCAGGAUGGGUUGUAAAUUUAAAAGACAAAGUGAUACUCAAACCACAGGAGGAAGAGUUAGUUGCAUAUUAUAAUACAUAAAUCUGGCUGUAGUUACUAGAAUAACACAUUAGUAUAUGCUGUUUUUUUAUUGUUAGGCCCUUGCAUUUUCCUAUUGAC